AAGACAUUUUUUACCCUUAUUGUUAUUUGUCAUGCCAACCUUAAUGUGUUAAGAUGAAACUGUUCUGAUUUUAUCUGUUUCUUGAAGUCUUGAAGCAUUCCAUAAGAUACUCUCUCAUAAUGUGGAUGCUUUCAUAUUUUGGAUUCGUAGCGCAAAUCUUACCCAUCUGGUGCACCGUCUGAUUUCAGGAGGAGAAAGUGGAGAUUCCCGGCCUUCGUGAUAGCCAAGCUUCAAGACGACGGUGAGCCGGUCCAAUUGAGAACCUGAAACCGAUUUAACCUGUUGGAAGAAUCUGCAAAACAAACGGCAAGCUUCCGACUUCUCGUUACAUAUUCGGCUUCCUGGAGAGCCUUCCGGUCAUGGCGUGCCGACCCAUCAUCAUCAUCAUCAUCACCUAGCAGAUACCAUCUCAACCAACCAGUAGGAAAUGGGGGUAGUCAUCCCGCCUGACGUCUGGGAGCCCAGUCCUUGGCUCUACUUCCUCCUCUUUUCUGCGUCUUCAGCGUCGAUCCUCCUCUUCCCAUUCUUCUUCUCAAAGAUCUCAUCUAGAAAGGCUGGCUCCUCGACCUACCCAUCUCAGUUUCCUCGGUUCCAAUGGAGCUUCUUGGUUGCGUACUGCUUGGUGUCAGUGGUCGAAGGGAUUCAAAAUGUCUUCGGAGAGAUCGAGUAUGUUGCUCAGGGUCUGAACAGGGAGCAAAUGGCUCUGGUUCUCUCACAUGGUGGUGUUGCUUCUCUUCUUCUUGGAACGUUCUUGGGGCCUCUUUCAGAUGUUCUAGGGCAAAAGAAAGCAUGCAUGUUUGCUUGCCUUCUGCAACUUGCGGGUGGCAUAAUAAGGGGCAUGAACAAAUAUCCAAGUGUUUGGUUGACAUGCAUCUUCUUGUCAUUGUCAUUAUCAAUAUAUUCAUGCAGCUUCGAGACAUGGAUGGUCUCUGAACAUGAAAAGUUGGGUUUCAGGAAGGAAUUGUUGAGUGGCACUUUUUGGUUGAUGACUUUUAUGGAAUCAGCUUCACUAGUUGGAAGCCAGGUUAUGGCAAAUUCCUUUAUUUCAUGGAGUUCUGAGAGUGGGCUAGCCUCCCCUACUGUUUUCGGUUCUGCUCUGGCGAUUGUUUGCAUCCUUUAUAUCAAUAGCGGGUGGGAUGAACAUGUACCAACAUCUACUUUCAAGAAUUACAAGCUUUCAUUGUCUUCGCUUUUUCUUAAUGAUAGAAGGGUAUUGCUAUUGGCCUGUGCUCAUUCAGCUGUUCACUUCUCCAUGGCAAUCUUUUGGCUUCUCUGGGCACCAACUGUAGUGGCAGAUGGGAGAGAAGUGGCUCUAGGAUUAAUAUACCCAUGUCUGCUUGCUGCAAGAAUGUUUGGUAGCACGAUGGUUCCAUGGAUGUUCAAUGGUGUUUUUUCCGUUGAAAUAGAAGACUGCUUGGCUAUUGCUUUCAUGGUGGUUGGCUUUUCAUUUUCUGUUAUAGCUUAUGACUAUCAGGAAAUUGCAGUCCUAGUGGUUCUCUUCUGCAUUAUCCAUGGAUCUUUCGGCCUGAUUGUACCUUCACUUGCAAGGCUGCGGAGCAUGUAUGUUCCGAAUGAAUUGCGUGCUGGCAUGAUGAGCCUGUCUCUGGUACCUGCAAAUGCUGGAAUCUUGUAUGUUUUGAUCCAGGGUGGAUAUAAUCGGAAGCUUGAGAAUUCAACCAUCAUGGCAUUAUCUUCAUUUGGGUUGUUUUCUGCAGCAGUUUGCAUUCAACUUCUUAAGCGGAAACGGUGGCAACGGAAUUAUAACCGGCACGUGUUGUGAUCUGCCUAUGUUUUAAUACCACGCUACAAGUCGAGGGAAAAUUUCAAGAAGCAUGAUCUUUUUCGUGUUAUUCAUUGUCUUCCAUAAUUUUGUUAGAGACGGCAAAUUUUGCUACGAGGGUUCAUCACCAUUCAACAGGUUGAUGGAAAAUUUUUGGAAGCGUGAUCUCUUUUUUUUUGUUUCCAAUGUUCAUUGUCUUCCAUAAUUUUGCUAAGAGAUAGAGUGUAAAAAAUAUGUUUCUAGAAUGGAAGCAGAUUAGCUUGUUCUU